AUGGAUAUAAAUAACUACAUACUGGGAAUAAUUUUUCUUGUUAUUUUGUUAUUGUGUAUUUUAAUUCGGAUUGUAAGACCGUACGUUUCUUGUUGUUGUUUGUGCUCAUGGAAACCUAAAGAUGGCGAGUUAAUGCUAUUGGAAGAGUCGGGAGAGAUAGGUACAACUUACCGCUCAAUUGACUGUGGUUUAUGCUACUUUGUGUAUACAAAAAAGAUAAGCGAGACAAAAUUAGUUUGGAUUCACGAAAGUUUCAAAACAAACAAAAACUUUUCUAGAGACGAUGUUUGCGUAAUUUGUUUAGAAAGUCUAGAGAACGACGCAACUGUUUUAAAUUGCAAUCAUAGUUUUCAUAAUAAAUGCAUACGCAAAUGGUUGUUCAAAAAUGAAUCAAAAUGUUGCCUUUGUCCUUUAUGUCAAAAAGUUAUAUUUUCACAAAAAAUACAUUUAGGUGUUUUAUCCAAUAGCUGUAAUUAUCCAAUAGAAUCAUAUCCAGUUCACCGUGGAUACCAUAGCAUAGUUACUAUUGUGUAA